AAACUCUGCCAAUUACUGUAACGUUUAAAUGGAUGUGAAAGAGGAGACAUGUGAGGUUGACCUGAAUAUCAUGGAGGAGAGGACCAUAAAUGUUAAGGAGGAGGACUGUGAGUGGGAGAGUGUCCACUCCAAACAGGAGAGUCUGGACAUCAAGGAAGAGGACUGUGAACUGGGGUCAGUGUGUUUUAAAGAGGAAGAUGAAGAGGAGUGUGUCAGCACUGAGAUACACAACUGUAGGAGUAUGGAGAGUGUCAAGGAAGAUGACCUUCAUUAUGGAGAUCAAGAUGGAGCAGUGACCGGGUUAGUCUCUUCUCAUAGCAGACACUCUUCAUCUCCGGAGGCUUCUAUCAAUGUAAAAUAUGAAUCAUUACAGUCUGACACAAAGAUGACUGAAGACAUUUCAUCUCCUAGAACUGAGGAAGGUCAUCCACCACCUAAGACGGACAUUAAGGAAGAAGACCGUGAACUGGCGUCAGUGUGUUUUAAAGAGGAAGAUGAAGAGGAGUGUGUCAGCCCUGAGGUGGCCAGCUAUAGGAGUAUGGAGAGUGUCAAGGAAGAUGACCUUCAUUAUGAACAUCAAGAUGAAGCAGUGACCGGGUUAGUCUCUUCUCAGAGCAGACACUCUUCAUCUCCAGAGUCUUCUAUCAAUGUACAAUAUGAAUCAUUACAGUCUGACACAAAGAUGACUGAAGACAUUUCAUCUCCUAGAACUGAGGAAGGUCAACCACCACCUAAGACGUCAUCUGAAACAAGUAAGUGAAAAUAAAAAUGAGUGUACGUCUUAGGGUCAGGGUUAUGGGCCUGAAAGUGCUGUCUUGUGCUUUUUUAAGUGAAACUUAGAUGAGAUUUCAAACAAAAUUAAACA